AGUGUCAGCACGGUGUCUUGCUUUGGCACUCGAUAGAUGAGCAAUGACGGAAUCCCGUUCGCUUCGGGGACAUUCUGCAACCGAUACUAGCAGGAUACUGCCUGGUCAACUUCAGGACAGGACUGCUUCAUCACGCCACGAUGUAGGGGGCAACUAUUUUGUUGCAGAAGAUGACGGGUUCCUAGAUGCCGUAUCUGCUGCACUGGAUCAACUAGCCGCAGAUUGCAAGACAGCUCUGCAAUGGUUUCACGACGACGCUGGUGCUGACGCGGCUAUCUUAGCUGCUGAACAGAGCUUUUGCACCAUUGCAGCUAUAUGCAAGGAGGCUGGUGUCACAGUUGCUACUAAUGUAGUUGGAAACCGCGAUGACCUCAUUCCAAGAGACCGCGCUAACAGUACGCCCGAUACUGUUGCUCCUUCACUCUUAUCAAUUGAUUCAAUCGGUGAGUUCGCUUCCUCGCGGACUAACGCGCCAGCCAACGAUGUAAACUGCAGGUAUCCCCCACCUGCUCCUAUUCAAAGGGAAUCUUUACGCACAGCUAUCCCAAGAUCCGCCGAGGAUAUCGUGGAGGUGGAGCUUACAGAUCUUUUGACUCAGUCGCACGAAGAAAUGAUGAGUCUCCAACGGGUAUUUGAAGCCAGAAUGGCCGAAGCUGAGCGAACUCGAGAGGAUAACGAGCAGAGGCAUGCUACUGAGAUGCGAGCCUUACAGGAAGAAAUGGCGAGCUCUCGGAUAGCAAUGGAUCGCAUCAAGCAGGAGCUUCUGGAUAGCACGUCUCGCACUUUGGAAGACAUGCAUUCGUCCCUCGCUGCAUCACAGAAAGUUAUUGAGGCGGGUAUGAAAGACCAGACGCGAUACUGGAAAUCCAUUUGCGAAGAGCUUAUCGUCGAAAAGCGUGAAAUGGCCCAAAAGGUUGCGGAGGAGCGAGGGCGGUACACAGCACUUAAAGCUCACCUCGCUAGUCACGAAGGCACAAGUUCAAGACCUCCAUCUCACGAUCAUGUGCGGGCAAGGAAUACACGCGGCAAAGAGAUCGCCAGCAAAAUGCUCAUGUGCGACUUAUCACCGUCAGCAGUGCCGAUUCUCAAACGAGAAUUUGCUUCUGAAAACCAAGCCUCGAACGGUGAAUCUCCAACUUGUGUCUCCACGUGUAGUACACCCACAGAUCCUUCCUCCAGGCUGGUAGUAGUCCCUAGUGCAGACGUCGCUAGCAAUCCAUCGGUGUCCCCAACGCAUAGCAAUUGCAGCAGCAGCAGCAGCAAAUCGACAUUUCGGCGGUACUAUCUUGCCCAAAAGCGCGAGAACCGUGUGGUGCUCCAGUAGUAUAAUUCCCAAUGUGAAUGAACGCUUUGCAGCAGCCCCUGAUUGCGGA